UUCAAAAUGGCGGAUUAACAACAAACGGACGGUUUCGUUUUUGCGUCGCAAGAACUAUAGCUGACAUGGCAGACAAAAAAGGGAAAUCCGUGGCGGUAAAGAGGACACUAACAAAAAAAGAACAAGAGGAAAUGAAGAAAAAGGAGGAGGAGAAAGCUGCUGAAGUCUUUGAGGAAUUUUUAGCUUCUUUUGACACUAAUGACAAAAGUGGAGUAAAGACAUUUGUACGAGGAGGUAUUGUAAAUGCAACUAAAGAGGAAGAAGCGGCAGAGGUGAAGAAGAACAAACUCUACAGACCCUCCUCUAAGUUCACUGCUCCACCUCAGAAUAACUCUCCUGUUCACCAUGCAGAAGUUAAAAAAAAUGUUGCUAAAAAGAAAGUGGAGGAGAAGAAGAAGAGUAAUCUUGAGCUUUUUAAAGAGGAGUUAAAACAGAUACAGGAGGAAAGAGAGGAGCGAUACAAAAGGAAGAAAGGUGACUCUGGAGCAGUUUUUUUAGGAGAUCUAGAACCUCUGACACGAAGAUCAAUAUUUGAUGAUGAUCCUGCAGUGCCAAACACAACAAACCUUUACAUCGGCUGCAUCAACCCCAAGAUGACAGAGGAGAUGCUGUGUAAGGAGUUUGGGAAAUACGGUCCUCUGGCCAGUGUAAAGAUCAUGUGGCCUCGCACUGAGGAGGAGAGAACAAGAGUCACCAAUCGUGGUUUUGUUGCUUUUAUGACACGGAAGGAUGCAGAACGUGCUCUGGCCGCGCUGGACGGUAAAACAGUAAUGGGUUUUGAGAUGAAACUGGGGUGGGGAAAGGCUGUACGAAUUCCUCCCCAGCCUCUUUACACCCCUAUCGGGGUUUUGAAGACCACUGCCCCCCCUCCACCCUCUGGACUGCCAUUUAAUGCCCAACCCAGAGACCGCUUUAGAAAUGACUUCACCAAACCACGCAGCCGCUCACAGGAUGACUUUUACAAGACUCUGUCCGAGGCCGUAGUGACAGUGGUAAUCCCCCCAGAAAGGAACCUGCUGGGCUUGAUACACAGAAUGAUUGAGUUUGUGGUGAGAGAGGGACCAAUGUUUGAGGCCAUGAUCAUGAACCGGGAAAAGAACAACCCUGACUUCAGGUUUUUGUUUGAUAAUAAGAGUCAGGAGCACGUUUACUACAGAUGGAAGCUCUACUCCAUUCUUCAGGGUGAGAACCCAAAUAAAUGGAGAACGUCCCCUUUCAGAAUGUUCAGGAGCGGCUCUCUGUGGAAGCCCCCUCUCCUUAAUCCAUAUCUUCAUGGCGAUGAGGAACCAGAAGAAGCUUCAUUCCCUUCUCCAGAAGAAGAGCCAAAGAAAGGGCAUCUGAAGUCAGAGCACAGAGAGAAGUUGGAGGUCCUGCUGAGAGGCCUGACUCCUCGUAGAGAUGAGAUCGGUGACGCAAUGCUGUUCUGCCUAGAGAGAGCAGAGGCUGCUGAAGAGAUCGUCUCCUGCAUCACUGAGUCUCUGUCUAUUGCACACACACCACUGCAGAAGAAGAUCGCCCGACUUUACCUGAUAUCCGACAUCCUCUACAACUCCUGUGCCAAAGUUGCUAAUGCAUCAUAUUACCGUAAAUUUUUCGAGACAAAGCUGCCUGAGAUAUUUGGAGACAUCAGUGAAGCGUAUCGGAACAUCCAGGCGAGACUCCAGGCAGAGCAGUUUAAGCAAAGGAUCAUGGGAUGUUUUCGUGCGUGGGAAGACUGGGCAGUGUAUCCAGACUCAUUUCUGAUCCAACUGCAGAAUAUAUUCCUAGGGCUCAUCAAACCUGGAGAGGAAGUCAUUGAAAGACCAGAGCCUGAAUCUCCAGAUCUGGAUGGAGCGCCACUGGAUGGUCUUCCUCUAGACAGAGGUGAAAUCGAUGGUAUGCCCCUCGAUGACCUUGAUGGGUCGCCUAUGAUCUGGGAUACAUCUGCUAUAGAUGGCGUACCGGUUGAUGACAUUGACGGUGUUCCCUUAGGAAACUCAGUAGAUGAUAUUGAUGGUGUACCAUUUGAUGAGGGCUCUGAUAAGACUUUACCCACUGUUGCACUGUCCAAAUGGGAGAAGGUGGACGAUUCCGAAUCCUCAGCCAAGAAUGACUCAGACAAUGAGGUGAAUUCAGGUGGCCUGAAGGAGAACUCGGGUGAUUCAGACAGCAGCAGCGAUGAAGCUGACAGUCCCAGCAGGUUCGAGGGGGCCGACUUUAAAAGCUCUUUGAAAAAUUUUGAACUGUCGGAAAGUAAAAGGACACGUCUCCGAGAACUGGAGGUAAAGGUGGUGAAUUUCCAGGAUGAGUUAGAGUCGGGUAAGAGACAAAAGAAGUCCAGUUUGACUCUACAACAGCAGGUUCAACACUACAGGAAUAGACUGUUACAGAAGGAGUUUGAUAAGGAUGACCAGGAGAAGAGAGAAAAACAUUCGCAGAAACAGAAAGACCGCUCCAAAAAAGACGAGCGGAGGGAUAAAGGCGAAGAGAGGAGUAAAACACGGGAUAAAGAGAAAAGCAGAAAGAGUGAAGACCGAGAAAAGAGUAGAGGACGGAGUCGAGAUAAAGAAGACAGGAGAGAGAGAACAAAAUCUCGAUCACCACGGAAGUCGAAGCGCUCCCGAUCGCCAUCCCCGCAGCACAAAUCCUGGAGGUCUUCAUCCCGAUCGCCACACCGCUCGCACAAAAAGAGCAAGAAGAGCAAACACUGAACUCUUGAGCCUGUGAACGCUGCGACGUCUCAAACAGCCUGCAGAUGGAUGGAUUGUUCUCUUCAUGCACAACCACACGUUUCCAGUCCGCCAAGCGUAGUGAUUAUGGACUGGCAGAUUUCCAGAAGGUGGUUCUUCUGUUUGUGUGGCGGCUGCGACCCUGGGCUAGGCGGAGCUUUUUUCUAAGAUGAAGUGUGAACUUGUACAGAUCUUAUUUUCGUUUUGUAAACUCUUUUAUUUGUGUUUUUUCCCCUCGUUUUAAAUCCAGUGUUUAAAAAGAAAUGCUGCAAGAUUGACUCCACCAUCUCCAACUUUACAAUAAAAGCUAUUGUGGAAGGA